UCCUUAUAAUUAUAAGGGAUUUAAAAGUAUGUAAAUCCCAAAAUGAAAAAAAAAAAGAAAAAAAAAACUAUCCAGACUAAUUUUAGAGCGAUAAACCGUUUAUUCGAGGCUUGACUGAAAGAGGAAAAAGAAAAUGGGGUCCUUAGAUCCACCCUCAAAUGCACAAGGCGGCAAAACCCUAAUUCAUGACGAUGUCGACGAUAAUCAGCAAUCCACCGCCGAUGUUCGAUCGGAGCUUUCGCCGGCGGCCAACGAAGACGUCGGAAGUCCACCGGAAAACGAAGGUUUGAAGAGAAGGAAGAUUGGAGUGCUUCCUUUGGAGGUCGGCACUCGCGUCAUGUGCCGUUGGCGCGACUCCAAAUACCAUCCUGUUAAGGUCAUUGAGCGCCGGAAAGUGUCUUCCGGUGGCCCUAAUGAUUACGAGUACUAUGUUCAUUAUACUGAGUUUAACAGGAGGCUUGAUGAGUGGGUUAAGCUUGAUCAACUUGAUCUUGAUUCAGUGGAGGCUGUUGUUGAUGAGAAGGUAGAAGAUAAGGUUACAAGCUUGAAGAUGACUCGCCAUCAGAAACGUAAAAUUGAUGAGAUUCAUGUGGAGGGUCAUGAGGAGCUUGAUGCGGCAAGUUUGCGCGAGCAUGAGGAAUUUACAAAAGUAAAAAAUAUAGCAACUAUUGAACUUGGUAGAUAUGAGAUUGAGACUUGGUACUUCUCUCCCUUUCCACCAGAGUACAAUGAUUGCGUGAAGCUGUACUUUUGUGAAUUCUGCCUCAAUUUCAUGAAGCAUAAAGAACAAUUACAGAGGCACAUGAGAAAAUGUGAUCUUAAGCACCCCCCUGGCGAUGAGAUUUACCGGAGUGGAACUUUGUCAAUGUUUGAGAUUGAUGGCAAGAAAAACAAGGUUUAUGGGCAGAAUCUUUGUUAUUUGGCAAAGUUAUUUCUUGAUCACAAGACGCUUUAUUAUGAUGUCGACCUUUUUCUAUUUUAUGUUCUCUGUGAAUGUGAUGAUCGAGGUUGUCACAUGGUUGGCUAUUUUUCGAAGGAAAAACACUCAGAGGAAUCCUAUAAUUUGGCUUGUAUUCUUACUCUUCCUCCUUACCAGAGGAAAGGCUACGGCAAAUUCCUUAUUGCAUUUUCUUAUGAACUUUCUAAGAAAGAAGGUAAAGUGGGCACACCUGAAAGGCCACUCUCAGAUCUGGGGCUGUUGAGCUACAGGGGAUACUGGACACGUGUUCUUCUGGAUAUCUUGAAGAAGCACAAGGGAAACAUAUCUAUUAAGGAGCUCAGUGACAUGACAGCUAUCAAAGCAGAGGAUAUAUUAUCUACUCUCCAGAGUCUGGAGCUGAUCCAAUAUCGCAAAGGGCAACAUGUUAUAUGUGCAGAUCCAAAGGUUUUGGAUCGUCAUUUAAAAGCUGCUGGACGCGGUGGUUUGGAUGUGGAUGUUUCCAAGCUGAUCUGGACUCCUUAUAAGGAGCAAGGCUGAUGGCUUCUCUUCAUACCCCCCCCCCCCUCGUCAGCUAGCUAAUGUAAAUCUUCAAUUAAAGUUCAACUAGUAGUAACUUAGAGAUCAAGCUUAGUUGUUUUACUACUGACCCAUGUAAUAUAGGUUCGAAUAUUGUAUGUAAAAUUGUAUUUUGCUGAUAAUCCAUCUGUUGCAUUGCUUUCAGAUGCAAUAUAAUCUGUUUGCCCGAGCUCCAUUUUAGAUUA